AUGAAUUACAAUUCACUGGCCAUCAUAUUGUGGUCAUUGUUGGCAUCGAUAACUUUGGGCCAAUCGCUUCUAUGUCCCGAUCAGACCACUAAAUGUGGUGACGAUAUGACAUGUUGUAAAUGGCAUACUGGCCGAUACGGGUGCUGUCCAUUGAGUGCAGGUCUUUGUUGUGCUGAUGGUCUACAUUGUUGUCCAAAUGGCACCAAAUGUAAUGACAAAGAGGGAACCUGUGAUGAAUUAGCCCAAUCGACAACUGGCUAUAAAUUGGUGCUCGAAAACAGUGGCCGGAGUCUACCGAAAAAGUUGGACGACAUGUGUCCCGACCGGAACUCCACUUGUGCCAGUUGGCAGACCUGUUGUAAGGAAAAGUCCGGCAGCUAUGGAUGCUGUCCAUACGAUUCGGGUGUUUGUUGUAAAGAUAUGCUUCACUGUUGUCCGCACGGAUCCACAUGCGAUCUCGUACACCAAGAGUGCAUACGUACGGUCAGCGAUAAUACUAUCAGUGAUCUGACCGACGGUGGUGACCGUAGCCGCACUGGUUCAGUCAAGAAAUGGAGAAUGCGUUUGAUUGGUUCGAAGGCUGCCAAUGUUACCGAUGUUGUCUGUCCCGGUGGUCGCUACCAGUGUCCCGAUGGCAAUACCUGUUGUCGUGUUACCGAUACCCAAUGGGGUUGUUGUCCGAUGCCCAAUGCCGUGUGCUGUGCCGAUCACGUACACUGUUGCCCGAACCAUAUGCGCUGUACGCCCACCGGUUGUGUACAGCAGUGAUAAAAUUGCGGUAAAAUCAUCUUUAGUUAGUUAGUCCUAAUUGUUUUACAACAACAAAACAAAUGAGGACUUUAUUUUGAUAAUAAUAUACUCUACUAAUAGACUCUAUAAAAUAGUUGUAUAAUUUUUUUGUAUUAAAAUAUUUGUCAUACAAUGCAACAACAAAAAACAUUAAUUUUUUUAUAAAGUAGCUAUCAAUAUCUUUUUUUAAAUGCCUAUAUAUUUUAGAUAUACAGUAUAUAUUUGAUAUAAUCAUUUAUGUGUUUAGUUGACAAUUACGAUAUUUGUGUUGUCUUCAACUGUAAUAACUGUUAGUUUGUUAGUUUCUAUACCGAUAGCCCAGACCAACCAUCUCAUAUACCGAACCCAUAGAUUAGUACAUUAGUAGUCACAUAUACUGUCAAAUAUAAUUAGUCACCAAUUUUUAUGGUCACCAAAUUAAAAAACUUUUUAGCUAUAGGUUAGGCUGCUGUGAUAGUUCAUACAGUAUAUGUAUGUAUUUUUUUAUAACCAACACAGUCGAUAAUAAUCU